AUGCGUCAGUUUAUCCUCAGUGUUAUAGCAUACGUAGCCGUCCAGGCCGAGCCGGUGCCUCAUCACCAUGUGGACCAUCACCAUCAUCACCCACAUCACCUGCCGAUCCACCGUCCCCACCACCACGUGCCCAUUCCGGGGGAAACGUUCCACGCCGGGAGCGCACAAUACAAGCCCGUAGUGAUCACGUAUAGUGGGGGGUUGGUGGGUCCACGAGCCCGGGGACUGGACCCGGAAGAGGCUGCGGCCGUAGAGGAGGCUGGUGCUGAAGUCGUUCGUGCUGAGGAGGAAUUCGUCACACCGGCGGGAGACGUCGUUGUAAUCACUGAGGUCGGUAGCCACGUAACCUCACAAGAGACGGAGGAAGAGACUACUGGGGAUGAAGAGGAAACGGAAGAAACUACCGCGGAGGAGGAGGAGGAGGAAGAAGACACUACGGAGCAGAAGGAGGAGGAAGAAGAGACCACAGAGGAGGAAGAGGAGGCUGCUCUGCGAGAAGAAGAGGAGUCCACUGAGAAAGAAGAGGUCACUGAGGAGGAAGUGACUACUGAGGAGGAAGUGACUACUGAGGAGGAAGAGACUACUGAGGAGGAAGAGACUACUGAGGAGGAAGAGGCCACUGAGGAGGAAGUGACUACUGAGGAGGAAGAGGCCACAGAGGAAGAGGAAGGGGCUGCUCUGCGAGAGGAGGAAGAAGAGGCUGAUGUCACGGCAGAUGAGUCCGUUAUUGCUACCGUAGCUGCGAAGGAGGCGGUGGAGGAGGCCGAGGAGGACGAGACGACGAUCGAGGGACUGCCGUCUCUAGACGAAGUGGUUUCAGAUGAGGCUGAGCUGACGGAAGAGUUGUCGUUGCCGACCUUGGAUGCUUCAGACAAGUUGGAGGAAAUCAAGAACCACGGCGCGUCGACGGCAGACAAGCUGAAGGAUGCGGUGACUUCGCAUGCACAUACUUUGGGGCAGAAAGCAGGCGAGUUGAGCGAAAGGAUCAAGGAGACGGCAGCGGAGUCCCAAGAGAAGGCGGCCAAGAUGCAAAAGGAAGCGGUGAAGAACUUGAAAAAGGCCCACAACGAGGCGAAGAAGAAGGUGCAGGAGACUGCCGGCCAACUGAACCAAUUCCGUAAGAAGACCCAGAAUGCUCUGGCAGAACGACUUAGAGAUGACACCGUCGUUGCAGAACGCAGGAGACUCGCCUCCUCCGGCAACACCCAGCUUCCAACAAAUCCCGCAGCCCUCGCAGCCAGUGGCGUCGCAGUGGGCGGCAUGGUUAUGCUUGCAGGUAUUGGUUUGCUAAAAAAACGCCAAGCGGCUGCAGGAGAUGAUAUUCAGGAAUCAGUCUCCAACAUGGACGACAUUCAAAUUAUAGACACUGAACAGUUUGAUCUUUGA